GAUUUGAUUAUUCCUCCCAAAAGAAGACGACAGAAGAGAGUCGAAAGCAAAAAAGGCUUCUCUUUCUCUUUCUGGAGGCUUCAAUUGUAAGCUGAACUAAGUAAGCUCACAUCUUCUUCUUCCUUUUAAUUCCUCAUCGAAAUCCUCAAUUCAAUUCCCAGCUGAGUCGCCGAGAUGGGGUGCACCCAAUCCAAGAUCGAGAACGAAGAAGCCGUCUCGCGGUGCAAGGAUCGGAAGCAGUUCAUGAAAGACGCCGUGUCGUAUCGGAACGCCUUCGCCGCCGCUCACUCCUCUUACGCUAUCUACUUGAAGAACACUGGGGCCGCGUUGAGCGACUACGCCCAAGGCGAGGUGGCCCAGCACCCGCCCCAGCUCGCACAGGCCCUCCAGUCCAAUUCGGUUUCUGUUCCGCCUGUUGCGCCGGGGGCUACGUUUGACCCUUCUCUUCCUCCUCCGCCUCCGCCGCUUCCGAAUUUCACCGCCGCGCCGCUCCAGCGGGCUGCCAGCAUGCCCGAGAUCAAGCCCGACCCCAAGGCCCGGUCCAAGCCCAAGCCGAUUAUCGAGGAGGAGGACGAGGAUGAGGAGAUGGAGAAUACCGAGACCUUGAGGACUAGGAGCAAGAGCACCAGAAGCAAGAGCAACAGAGGGGUUGUGCAGAACAACGAAGAAGAAGAAGAAGACGAAUUUCCCGACGGACAGCCUCCUCCGUCGCCGUCGCCGUCGCCGCCUCCGCCCCGGUCGGUGGAGAGCCAGACGGUGCCGCCUCUGCCGCAGCAUCGGGACACCCCUUACGAUUACUUCUUCUCCGUCGACGUGCUGGCGCCCUCGCUGGCGGUGCCGGAGGAGCCCAUCUCGGGGAAGGAGGAGAUUCAGAAGAAGGUGUUCGACGAAAGGCCCAAGAGAGUGGAAGAGCCAGUGGUGGAGCUGAAGAGGAGUCCGAAAUUGGAGGAAGAGGUGCCGCCUCCUCCGCCGCCGGAGGCGGUGGUGGAGCCGGCUGGGAAGACCGUGAAGAAGGGGAAGCAGGUGGUCCCAAAAGUGGGUGUUAAUUUGUUGAAGGUAUUUGCGGAGAUUGAUGACCAUUUUCUCAAGGCUUCUGAGAGUGCCCAUGAGGUUUCUAAGAUGUUGGAGGCUACCCGGCUCCACUAUCACUCUAAUUUUGCUGAUAAUCGGGGGCAUAUUGACCACUCUGCUAGAGUGAUGCGUGUUAUUACAUGGAAUCGCUCUUUUAAAGGAAUUCCAAAUUUUGAUGAUGGCGGCAAGGAUGACUUCGACUCAGAAGAGCAUGAAACUCAUGCCACGGUCUUGGAUAAAUUGCUGGCAUGGGAGAAAAAGCUAUAUGAUGAAGUCAAGGCAGGCGAGCUCAUGAAAUUUGAGUACCAAAAGAAGGUCGCCUCGCUGAACAAGCUAAAGAAACGGAGUACUAACUCAGAAGCAUUGGAGAAAUCAAAAGCAGCAGUGAGUCAUCUGCAUACAAGAUACAUAGUCGACAUGCAGUCCAUGGACUCAACAGUAUCAGAGAUAAACUCUUUACGAGAUGACCAGUUAUAUCCAAAACUUGUUCAGCUUGUUGCAGGGAUGGCUACCAUGUGGGAAGCCAUGCGAUAUCACCACGAGAGCCAGUCAAAGAUUGUGACUGCCCUCUGGUCUUUUGACAUCUCCCAAUGUCCCAAGUUUACAACUGACCACCAUCAUGAGCGCACUGUCCAAUUGUGGUAUGUGGUGCAAGAGUGGCACUCACAGUUUGAGAAGCUUGUGAGUAACCAGAAGUUGUAUGUAAAGGCCCUGAGGAAUUGGUUGAAACUUAAUCUCAUCCCUAUUGAGAGCAACCUAAAGGAGAAAGUUUCUUCUCCACCAAGAAUUCAGAAUCCUCCUAUUCAGGGCCUACUCCUUGAGUGGAACGAUUAUCUAGAGAAACUUCCAGAUGAUGUUGCGAGAACUGCUAUACAAAACUUUGCUGGUAUAAUACAUACUAUAAUGCUGAAGCAGGAGGAAGAAAUGAAAAUGAAGGAAAAAUGUGAAGAUUCCCGGAAAGAACUUGACCGCAAGCAGAGGCAAUUUGAAGAUUGGUACCAUAAAUAUAUGAAUAAGAACAUACCGGACGAAACAGAUCCGGAGAGACCAGAAAGCAUUGUUCGCAAUGAUGUUGUUGCAGAAAAGCAGUUUAAUGUGGAAACAGUCAAGAAGAGGUUAGAAGACGAGGAUGAAGCCUAUGUAAGACUGUGCAUUCAGGUGAGAGAGAAGUCUAUAACAAGUCUUAAAACUGGCUUGCCAGAACUCUUUAGGGCAUUGUCGGAUUUCGCUUUUUCUUGUUCAGAAAUGUACAAACACUUGAGGUCCAGAUCAGCCCACCAUCAAAGUGAGAGCUCAGCAAGACAAUAAGCUUGUAUGUAUAAUUUCAUCAUUGAUUUUGUUCUUGCUGAGGAGUCUUAUUUGUAUCAGUCUCUUGUAAAAGGCUUGUACAUUAAUUUCAGAUAUGGGACAUGCCCUUAAAGUCGUA